CUAUUGGGUACAGAACAAAAAUCAGCUGAGAGACAGAGAGAAAUCUUAUUAGAACUGACGACCUGACUGCAGACGUUGAGGACCGAAGCAGAAGAUCUCCACUAAAAGCCUGGUGUGUGAAUAUGAAAGCGUUGGUAGCUGUGCUGCUGUUGUCUUGCAUAGUGUGUGGGGUGAAGGCUCAAAAUGGAACCCAAGGGAAUAAAGAUUCUUUAGUGAGCGAGGAACAAACCCUGACCCCAUGUGCGCAGGCUGGAGUCAAUACCACUACAAAUGGUGUUGGGGUCUGUGUUCCUACCUGUGACAAUCAGGGUCAGUACACUCCUCUGCAGUGCUGUGGCUCCACUGGAUACUGUAGAUGUGUCACCACCUCAGGACAGGAUAUACCGGGUACAUUAACUCCUCCAGAUCGUCCCCAUCCCAAAUGCAUCAAGAGAGACCGGACCCCAUGUGAACAGGCUAGACACACUUGUCCUCCGCAUUUUGGAAGCUGUUGUCCUAAAUGUGACAUUCAGGGUCAGUACACUCCUCUGCAGUGCUGUGGCUCCACUGGAUACUGUAGAUGUGUGACCACCUCAGGACAGGAUAUACCGGGUACAUUAACUCCUCCAGGCCGUCCCCAUCCCAAAUGUAUUAAGACAGAUCUGACUCCAUGUGAACAGGAUACAGCCAACUGCCCCCAUGUACUUGGAAGAUGUUGUCCUAAAUGUGACAAUCAGGGUCAGUACACUCCUCUGCAGUGCUGUGGCUCCACUGGAUACUGUAGAUGUGUGACCACCUUGGGACAGGAUAUAUCGGGUACAUUAACUCCUCCAGAUAAGCCCCAGCCUACGUGUAAUAAGACAGACCGGACCCCAUGUGAACAGGCUAGAGUCAACUGCCCCCCUGUGCCUGGAAGAUGUUGUCCUACCUGUGACAAUCAGGGUCAGUACACUCCUGUGCAGUGCUGUGGCUCCACUGGAAUCUGCAGGUGUGUCGACCCGUUGGGACGGACGAUACCGUGUCUGCACAUUCCUACAGGUUCUCCACAUUCCAAUGGUCUCCUGAACAAGAGCGAGGAGCAAGCCCUGACCCCAUGUGAACAAGCUAAUACAAAAUGCCACCAUCUGAUUGGAAGCUGUUGUCCUACCUGUGACAAUCAGGGUCAGUACACUCCUCUGCAGUGCUGUGGCUCCACUGGAUACUGUAGAUGUGUCACCACCUCAGGACAGGAUAUACCGGGUACAUUAACUCCUCCAGAUCGUCCCCAUCCCAAAUGCAUCAAGACAGAUCUGACUCCAUGUGAACAGGAUACAGCCAACUGCCCCCAUGUACUUGGAAGAUGUUGUCCUAAAUGUGACAAUCAGGGUCAGUAUACUCCUCUGCAGUGCUGUGGCUCUACUGGAUACUGUAGAUGUGUGACCACCUUGGGACACUCCAUACCCGGUACAUUAACUCCUCCAGGUGGUCCCCGUCCCAAGUGUACAAAGACAGAUCUAACCCCAUGUGAACGGGCUAGAGACAACUGCCCCCGUGUUCCUGGAAGAUGUUGUCCUACCUGUGACAAUCAGGGUCAGUACAAUCCUGUGCAGUGCUGUGGCUCCACUGGAUACUGCUGGUGUGUCACCAUCGAGGGUCAGGAGAUACCGGGUACAUUAACUCCUCCAGGCCGUCCCCGGCCCAACUGUCAGAACCAGUGAAGAGUCAAGGGAUUGCUUAGAUCCACAUCUGGAUUUAUGACCACUAUUCCAAUUAUUUCACGCUAUUUCAUUGGCUACUUCCACUUCCCCUCCUAUUCUUCUUAUCUGAUUAAUACCAGUGAUCCAGCAGAGUUGGAGUCAAUUGUAAUUGUGGUAAAUUGGUAAAUUACUGUUUUCAAUCCACUAAUGAAUUAAUUAUUCAAACUUUAGUUGAAUAAAUAAUUAAAUUAGCACAUUUCUGUAUUAAAUCAGUCAACCAAUCAAAGAAAUCUAUCAACCAAUCAAAAACAACUGUAACAUUUUCUUUGAAUAAAAACCUAAGCAUUA